AUGUCUCCCAGAAUAACCAGGUCCUCCACCCGCCAAGCUGCCAGCCAGCAGGCAGCUCAAGCAUCCGGCACGCAUACCACGCAUACCACGCCGAGAGCUGCACCGCCGUCUUCCGCUCCAGGUCAGACGCUGAAGCGAAAGGCCUCCAACGACAAGAGCUCUCCUCCCGCCCAGCAACCUGCCCCUUCGGCACGACGGUCCAAGAGACCAAAGAUCCCCGAAGCCCCCCCGACCCUCACACCGUCCGCUGCCAACCCGUCCAUCGUUGUGAAGCCGCAGCGGAAGGGAAAGGCUCCCGUCGAGAUGGAAGGCUCCGAAAAUGCCCUGCCCGGACACGCAGAUACCCCCGGUAACUCGACGCAGCCGGCUGCUUCGAGUAGAAAAUCCAGUCGAAGCAAGAAGCAGACGUCGUCGGCCGCCCAAGACGCGGCGGCGGCCGUCCCAUCCGCCUCGCGGAGGCCCCGACGGAGUACGAACGGUACCCGAGAUCAAGACGUAACCAUGGGCGGCACGGACGAUCAAAAUGACUCGGCGCAAACUCGGCCGCCGCCGUCGACGGAAGCUCCUGACGAGGACGGUACCGAUGAUCACGGUCAUGACGAGACCCGUGACGUCGAUCGUAAUCGAUUUGAUGAGCACGACGACGAAGAAGAAGAAGAUGACGACGACGACGACGAUGACGACGAAGACGACGAAGACGACGACGACGACCCCUUUGGUGCCUUUGGGGGGCCCGGAUCUGGUCUGUCGAGCACGCUUCGGGCCUUGACUGGCAUGAUGUCGGGGCUCUCUGGUCGACUUCGGGAGCUUCUCAGCAACCUGCGACAGGAUGACCUCUCGAUCCAAGCGAUUGCCUUGCAAGAACUGUCCGAGAUUCUCCUCGUCUCCAACGAGGACAAUCUUUCCGGCCACUUCUCCCCCGACGCCUUCGUGAAGGAGCUGGUCCUUUUGAUGAACAAGGAGGAGAGCCCCGAGGUCAUGUUGCUGGCUUGCCGCUGCCUGGCCAACCUCAUGGAAGCGUUACCCGCAAGCGUGGCCAAUGUCGUCUACGGCAACGCCGUCCCCGUCCUCUGCCAGAAGCUGCUCGAGAUUUCCUUCAUAGACCUCGCCGAGCAAGCUCUCAGCACCCUCGAGAAGAUAUCUGCCGAGUAUCCGUCGAGCAUCGUUCGCGAGGGAGGCCUGACCGCUUGCCUCUCGUACCUCGAUUUCUUCGCCACGAGCACCCAACGUACUGCCGUCACCACCGCCGCUCACUGCUGCCGGAACAUCCCGGACGACUCGUUCCCCGUCGUCCGCGAGGUCAUGCCCAUCCUUCUCAAUGUCCUUGGCAGCAGCGACCAGCGCGUCGUCGAGCAGGCCUCGCUCUGCGUUUCCGGAAUCGUCGAAAGCUUCAAGAACCAGCCGGCGAAGCUCGAGGAGCUGGUGAGCGCCGAUCUGCUGCGUGCCGUCCUGAGGCUCUUGGUCCCGGGCACGACCAAUCUCAUUGGCUCGAGCAUCCACACUCAGUUUCUCCGCGUUCUCGCCUUUACCGCCCGCGCGAGCCCGCAACUCUCCGCCGAACUGUUCAAGAUGAAUGUUGUCGAAACGCUCUACCAGAUCCUCACUGGCGUCUCGCCGCCGAGCGGGACCGAGGAUGUUGCCGCGAAGCUCGACAGCGUCAUUGUCAUGCAGGCCCUCAUACAUCGGCCCAGGGACCAAAUCGUCGAGACGCUCAACGUCAUCUGCGAGCUGCUUCCGAGCCUCCCGAGGAACGCUAACCCGUCCUUCGGGGACUUCGUCGAGCUGCUCGCCUCGACCGAAUCCGCGACGGCCUCGUCCAGCGGCCCGCAGGCUCGGCCGCACCCCAACGACAAGCGCGUGGAGCUAUUGGAAGAUUGCAAGGAGGAGGUCCGCCGCUUCGCCCUGAUUCUAUUUCCGACCUUGACCGACGCCUUCUCCAGCACUGUCAACCUCAGCGUUCGCCAAAAGGUGCUGACGGCGCAGCUCAAGAUGCUUUCCAAUCUUGACGAGGACAUCCUGACCGAGGCUCUGACGCAUGUUCCGUACGCCUCGCUCCUUGCUUCCAUCCUGUCGCAGCGAGACCACCCGUCGCUGGUCAUGCUGGGCCUCCAGGCGACGGAGCUUCUCCUGUGCCGCCUCGACAGCAUUUACCGCUACCAGCUGUACCGGGAAGGCGUCGUGUACGAGAUCAACAAGCUGGCGACCGAGGAGGAGCCCAUGGUCGCCGAUCGUGACGCGGCAAACGAGAACGACGAGAGCAAGGCCAACGGCGAUGCGUCCGACCGGGAGUUGGACGAUGAAGACGACGCAUCUGCCGAGAACGAGGAUGACGAGGAAGAGGAUGGGGACGACGACGAGGAGAACGGAGACGACGAGCACGAGCCGAUCGCGGACGACAUGUUCCUUGCCCGCUCACGGGGAUCUACCAUGUCCUUCGAUGCGCCGCCGCAGCAGUCUGCGUCCGACCUCCGAUCCAUGCAGUCUCGCAUCCGGCACGUCGCGAAGAAGUUCCUCGAGACGCACGAAGGCGAGGGUCACGGCCAGGCCAUGAAGGCCAAGGCGAAUGUCAUCCUCAGCACCUUGUCGGACCUGGCCGCGCAGCUGGAUGCCUUUUACCUCAAGAGGACCGCCGCCAGCUUGUCGUCCCAGGCGGCCAAGCAGCUGUUCGCCAAGCUGGCGUCGCACUUUGACACUCACCUCCUCGAAAGCGUCACGAGCGCCGAACUGCUCGCAUCCGGCCUUGUGCGAACGCUUCUCAACGUCUUCAGCAACCCCGACGGGGAGCUCGCGCGCGCCGCCCAGUCGACCUUUCUCGAGGUCUUCAUGGGGCACGCGGUCCGGUCGAGACCCAAGACGGCCACGGCCGAAUCGCCAGCCACGCCAUUCAGCGUGAUGAUACACAAGCUGCAAGAUCUGCUCAGUAGGUCGGAGCAUUUCGAAGUCCUCACCGUUCAUCACAAUUCGUUCGACGGCAACCGGAGCAGCCCUGCGUCGAUGCUAGGCAAGCAAAUUAGGCUCCGUCUCGUGGCAGACGACGACUCGGACAUUCCUCGACCCUUCCGGAAUAUCAUGGUCUCCAUUCACGCGAUUGCCACCUUCAAGUCUUUGGACGACUAUCUCCGCCCCCGCAUCAGCGCUGCGGAGAACCCCCACGGCUCGCGACGGGAUGGCCUCGCCAGAGCCUUCGCCGCCCUGUCAGGCGCCGGGGCAAUGCCCCUGACUGGCGCGGCGGCCGCCCGUCUGCGUGACAUGACGGCGUACUCGAGCGGCCUGAUGCAGUCGCCCCCACCUCCGCCGCCGCCGCCGCCUUCGAUGCCGUCAAGCUCGAGAUUUUCGCGCAGAUCCAAGGGCCGGGCCUUUCCGCUCAGCCACGCCUCUGCAGGGCCGUCGCAGAAGGAGACGCCGCGCCGCUCAUCUCGACGUCAAGCCGCAUCUGCCGAUACUCCUACGCCCCAUCGCCCACCUCCGACAGAUGAGGAGGAGCUUCAGAAUACUCUGGAGUGUGCCGACGAGAAGCAGCUGACGGAUGAAGAGGAUGACGGCGUCGACGGCAGUACCCUCGAUGCCAUCGUGCGGGACCUCGACGAAGACAUGGAUGAAGAGAUCGAGAAUGCCCCGGAGCCGUCCGCCGUCAAUGUCGAGGUCGCCACGGGAGGGAAAGUGAUUGCUCGCAAGGAUGACGGCACUAGGGUUCUGACGCCCGCGGCGGCAUCAAACUUGCCCACUCGUGGCGGUCGCCCCUCGACUGCCACCUCCGGCCAGGGCACGCCGACGCCGUCGAUGCCUGCAGCCACGACGGCGAUGUCGUACGCCUCGGCCCUGCAAGCCGUCCCCCAGGAUUGGCACAUUGAGUACACGUUGGACGACAGGGUGAUCCCUAGCGAGACGACCAUAUAUCGCGCCGUGCAUACGUCGACGCCGAGCUCGGACGACUUAUCGAGCCGGAGCAUUUGGUCUGCCACCCAUCCCAUAAGGUUCCGUCGCGUUCCUGGACCGCCGCCGACGGCGCCGCAGUCGUUCGGACCCAAUCCCGAGGCCGAAGGCGAGAUCGAGAACGGCAUACCGGCAUCGCUGGCGAAGAAUCCCACCACGUCGACUAUCCUGCGUCUCCUGAACAUUCUGCACGAGCUGAAUGCCAACAUCGAGGACGUCUUGGCCGAGAAUAGGAACAGCAUCAUCAGCCUCAAUGUCGAGCCCCCGUCUCAGUUCGUCAACACGAAGCUCACAGCCAAGCUCAACCGUCAGCUCGAAGAGCCGUUGAUAGUGGCCAGCUGCUGCCUGCCGGGCUGGUCCGAGGAUCUGGCGCGCUUGUAUCCCUUUCUCUUCCCGUUCGAGACGCGCCAUCUCUUUCUCCAGUCGACAUCGUUUGGAUAUGCCCGGUCGAUGGCUCGGUGGCAGAGCGCGCAGUCGACGGAGGACAACCGUCGCGAUCGCAACAACGAAAGGCCGUUCCUAGGCCGUCUCCAGCGUCAGAAGGUCCGCAUCUCUCGCCUCAAGAUGCUUGAGUCGGCACUUAAGGUCAUGGACCUGUACGGCGCCUCCCAGAGCGUCCUCGAGGUGGAGUACUUUGAAGAGGUCGGCACAGGCCUGGGACCGACUCUCGAGUUCUACGCGACCGUGUCCAAGGAAUUUUCCAAGAAGAAGCUCAAGCUUUGGCGUGAGGUGGACUCGCUCGGCAACGACGAAUUUGUAUCCGGCCAGUCCGGGCUCUUUCCUCGCCCCCUUAGUCAGGAAGCGCUUGCGACGGCCAACGGAGAGCGCAUUCUGCAGAUGUUCAAGAUGCUUGGCAAGUUCGUGGCACGAUCCAUGAUUGACUCUCGCAUCAUCGACAUUCACUUCAACCCCAUCUUCUUCCGCAUCGGAGACACGCCAUCCACCGGUGUCAAGCCAUCCCUCGGAGCCGUCAAGAUGGUCGAUCCAGGCCUUGCGCGCUCCUUGAAAGUCAUCAAGAAGUUCGCAUUGGCCAAGAAGGAGAUUGAUGAGGACGCCAACCGCACUGCCGUGCAGAAGGUGGCCGACACGGCCGACCUCGUCGUGGACAAUGUCCGACUGGAGGACCUAUGCCUGGAUUUUACCCUUCCGGGCUAUCCAAACAUCGAGCUGGAGGUCAACGGGUCCCACAAGCGCCUGACGAUGGAGAACGUGGAUUUGUACCUCGAGAGGGUGAUAGAUUUGACUCUCGGAUCAGGCGUACGCCAGCAAGUGGAUGCUUUCCGAGCUGGCUUCUCGACCGUCUUCCCCUACUCCGCCCUCAGCGCCUUCACGCCCGAUGAGCUGGUCACCCUGUUUGGGAGGGUGGACGAGGACUGGUCCCUCGAGACUCUGACCGACUCCAUCAAGGCCGACCAUGGCUACAACAUGGAUAGCCAAAGCGUGAAGAACUUGCUGCAGACCAUGGCCGAAUUCGAUGUGCAGCAGCGACGGGAGUUUUUGCAGUUCACGACUGGUAGCCCAAAACUGCCCAUUGGAGGAUUCAGGAGCUUGACCCCCAUGUUUACUGUGGUGUGCAAGCCCAGCGAGCACCCCUACAUGUCUGACGAUUACCUCCCCAGCGUCAUGACAUGCGUCAACUAUUUGAAACUCCCAGACUACAGCACAGUCAGCAGCAUGAAGAAGCAGCUGUUCACGGCGAUGAAGGAGGGCCAAGGCGCGUUUCAUUUGUCUUGA